ACCACCAGCCGGACCUCAAAGUCAGGGAUGUGGGAAUGGUCAAUGAGUUGCCCACAGGGAUCCUCCUUAGCCAUCUUCACUGCUUAUAUACAGCACCUCAGUCAUCAAGGAAGGUCAGUUGUACCCCCAUAGUGGCAGGGCAGCAUGGUGAGGGCCUGGAGACUGAACCGGUGACAGUGAGGGAGCUACCUGUAAAGUGUGCUGUACACAGGGUGUCUCCACCAGUUGUCUGUGGUUACAUAUUAACCAGACAGAUUCCCAGGUGGGAAUUACUAGAUGUGAUUGAAAAACUAUGCCAAGAGAGGGAGGAGACCUCAAAGGGGAGAAGCUGUGUCCCAAGCCAGCUCCAGGAAAUCAGCCAGGUGAGGGAGGAGGCCACGAAGGGGAGAAGCUCCGUCCCAGGCCAGCUCCAGGAAAUCAGCCAGGUGAGGGAGGACACCUCCUCAGUGAGAAGCUGUGAGCCAGGUGAGGGAGGAGACCUCAAAGGGGAGAAGCUGUGUCCCAGGCCAGCUCCAGGAAAUCAGCCAGGUGAGGGAGGAGGCCACGAAGGGGAGAAGCUCCGUCCCAGGCCAGCCCCAGGAAGUCAGAAAGGUGAAGGAGGAGGCCUCCACAAAGAGAAGCUCUGUCCCAGGCCAGCCCCUGGAAAUCAGCAAAGGGAGGGUGGAGGCCUCCACAGUGAAAGCUGUGUUCCAAGCCCAUCCCAGGAGGUCAGCCAGGACGCCUGAGGGACUCAUUCCUCCUCGUCUGCAGAGAUCUCUGUUUGUCUUAUGAGGGAAUCCAUCCCGGACGCUGACAUUUUAAUCUCUGCAGUCGUAUCCACAGAGAUGAAACUGUUGACAAUCUGUCAGAAGUUGCUGGGUCUCAACCACUGUCCACAGAAGUGGAGGAAGAAAACCAGGGGCCAUGGGAGAAGAAUCGGUUACUCAAGCACUGCAGCCUUCUGAAAGAAUUGUGAUUCUCGAACAA